UGCUGCGGUAUCGGUUUUUCCUUUCCAAUUAAUUUUAGAAAAACACAACAUAUGAUCCCUUGUCAUUUAGUACUCCAUAGAUGAUGGCAUGGCGUUUGAGUUUUCCCAUUCUUGUUCUUUGUUUAUUAAUAAAGAAAAUGGACGAGACACAAGGGUUGGAUUGCCUUGGCCAAGAUGAAAUCAGCCGGCGCCACAUUCGUCAAAGGAAGAGAUAUGCUAGGUUUACACCAACACAAAGAGCAGAAUAUAUUCAGAAGACAAUGCAAAAUAGAAAGAGGAAACACAAUGCACAUUAUACUUCUUCAAACACAAAUCAUGGUUGUGAACUCUCAGAUGGGCAAACACAAAAUCCAUCACCACAUUUCCCUUUGGAGGACAACCUAAUGGAUUCCGAAAUGAUUGGACAACAACUGCGGGAAGUCCAUCUUUCCCAACCACAUUAUCAUUUCCAAAUGGAGCAUGGAGGCUUUUCCCUGGCAACUGGAAACGACGCAUCUUUUCGUAUCUAAUCGGCACGACGACAUCUAAACUGAUAUACUCCCAUGCAAACGUUGCUAAUAACAAGGAAAAGGG